GUUUUAACUCGAUUGAGCCAGGGGAAGGAGACAAGGUCCUAAUUGCAGGCUUCCCAUAUUACCGAUCAUCACGUAAUAGAAAGUGCAGUAAACAUGGGAUCAUAACAAGCUGAGAUUAGAUUCACAGGCUUCUUCAACUAAGAUCCACUGGUCCACGAAAACUCAGCAGCCAGAGAAAAAUUUAUGGUAACCUGCCCUCUCUCGACAAGUUAUACACAUUGUGUUGAUCUUGACCGUGUUGUGUGUGGCUGGUACUGGUGUGAAAUCAUGAAAAUGCCGGCGAAAGAGCAAACGAGGGAAUCUGGUCGACAGAAGGAGCUAGCUCAGAGGAGAGUUCUUGACUCCUUCACCCGAGCCAAGCGAUUACGACGACAGCUAGAAGCCCUUGAACAAGACAACUUUCAAGAAGACCCUCACGCAAACCUGGUCCUUCUCAAGAAGAAACUUCCUCAGUUUGAUUCCAAUGAAGACACCCCUACCACUAAGAAGAGAAAGAAGAGAGGAGAUCAUUUCAAGCAGAGGUUUAGAAAGACAUUUCACAUGUUGGUAGAGGAAGAACAGCUGAGUAUGAAUGAACCUCCAAACUACUUGACCUGCUGUAUGCCACACUCACCAGCUCCGCAGAGGAAGUUCUGUGCUGUCUGUGGGUUCCCAUCUAACUAUACCUGUGUGGCUUGUGGAGCUCGGUACUGCUGUACUAAGUGUCUAGGGACUCAUUUGGACACCAGGUGUCUGAAGUGGACUGCAUGAUGUAAGCAAACAGAAUCAUACUUUGAAGACAUCUAACCGAGGUUGGUUGAAGGGAUCAUGUCUGCUCAGGCGUG